AACCAUGAUCAAACAAAUCUUUCAUUGAACCAACAUCACACCAAUAAAAAUCCCACUCAUCUUCUCUAAACGUAACAAAAUAAACAUCACACUGAGACUUUAUACAUCUAAACAAAUACUAUCAACUAGGGAGCAGACUACCAACGCCUUUCCAGCUGAAAAUACAUUGACAGUCGCGAUUCGUUGAAAAAAAAUUGUCGACACCUGUAUCUUGACCGAACCAUUCUCAUGCCAUCGGACAUACAGCAUAAGAACAUCGUUUAACAUCGAUUUCUCAUGCCUUCACUCACAUUUUUUUCUUUCUUUUAUUCAUUUUGCACAUCUAUUUUCACAUAGGAGAUCGAAUAAGGAUAAAAAAUAAAAUAAAAAGUUUCAAAACCAAUAACCAGCUGUUCGUUGCUUAGUAGCCAACGAUCUCGGAAUAUAAAUAUGGCUGAAUAUUCUUGAUUUAUUUAUUUAUUAUUACGUCAUAAACGCAAGUACUUGUUGAUGGCAUUAAAAAGUCUUGCUUCUAAGGUUUGUUAAGAUAUUGAAAUAAAGAUUAUUCUGUAUCGGUUUACCUUCAUUAAUUAUUUUUAGGCAUUUGAUAGCCGAAGAGAAAAGCGACGUGGAAUUGUGUGAGUAAAACAUUCAAGUGAACUGUUUUUUCGAAGGACUGGAUUUCUCUAUUCUGUUUUAGUGAUCGUCCGAUUCGAUUUCGAUCGUUUUUACAAAAUACAAUACUUGAAGUAUUGAAAAAUCGAGGAUGGGUUGAGGUAGGAGAAGAAGAUGAGUGGGAUUUUUAUUGGUGUGAUGUUGGUUCAAUGAAAGAUUUGUUUGAUCAUGGUUACUUUGAAGAACAUAUGAGAAUUAACCAUUUUAGAAAUCAUUAUGAAUUAACGAGAAAAGAUUUGAUGGUGAAGAAUUUGAAACGUUUUAGAAAACAAGUUGAACGAGAACAAGGCCGUUUAGAAGCAUUGAAAUGUGAUUUUUUUCCAACAACUUAUGUACUUCCAUCCGAAUAUCAUUUAUUUGUUGAAGAAUUCAAACGUAAUCCAGAUACGAUUUGGAUAAUGAAACCAGCAGCGAGAGCGCAAGGCAAAGGAAUAUUUCUCUUUCGACGAUUACAAGAUAUCACAGCAUGGCGAAAAGGUGAAUAUUUAACGGGUUAUGAAAAAGAAGCAAACAAAGGUGAUGCAGUUGAAACGUAUGUUGUCCAACGUUAUUUGGAUAAUCCUUAUGUGAUCGGAGGAAAAAAAUUUGAUAUUCGAAUAUAUAUGCUCGUUACAUCUUAUAAUCCAUUGCGUGUUUGGUUAUAUCGUGAAGGUUUUGCACGUUAUAAAUGGUCAAUGUCUCGAUUAAGACAGUAUUUGACAGCUAAACAUGGAUCAGAAAUUGUUGAAAUAAUGUUAAAACAAAUGGACGAUAUAUUCAUAAAAAGUUUGCAAAGUGUUCAAAAAAUAAUGAUCAAUGAUAAACAUUGUUUUGAACUAUAUGGUUAUGAUAUAUUGCUCGAUGCCAAUUUAAAACCAUGGUUGAUUGAAACAAAUGCAUCACCAUCAUUAACAGCAAGUAAUCAAGAAGAUAAUGAUUUGAAAUAUCGAUUAUUAGAUGAUAUGGCCAAUGUUAUUGAUAUGGAAGGACGAUUAACUUUAAAAGAAAAACGUGUGGGAGGUUUUGAUUUAAUUUACAACGAUGGUCCAGUAUAUUGUGAUGAUACUGGAAUAGAAAGUUUUAACUUAAAUACAUUGAGAAUCAAUAGUUUUCUUGGUUGUGCGAAUGAUCGAACAACACAACUGAAACAUUUGUAUCGUCAAAAUUUAAUAUUGAAAAAAAUGGAAAAAGCAGCAGCUCAAAAUAACGUCUAA